CGUACUUGCGCUGAUAUCUAAUGCGAUUACUUGAUUUAUAUAUAGCAUAUAUUUGCAUCUUCAUUUGUUAAUUGAUCGAUUGAUGCUAGAUUUGGCGUAUAAAUAGGGUUUAGGUACUAUUAGAUACAAUAUAAUAAAAAAGAAGAGAGCAAAAGUUUUGAUAUAUGUCAACGAACAAAGCUUUUAAUCUAUCCAAUGCAAUCCGACGAUAUCGAGGAACAACGGAUUCCACAGUAUACCCAAGGUCCUCCACAGCUACCACCGUUAAUUAAAGGCCAAAAAGUGAAGCAUGGGCCGUAUACCAUCACGGUGACUGAUGAGAUGGUAGCACAGAGAGAAAGAGAGAACUUAGAACUGUACAAGGCUUGGGUUCGGGAACAGCGUAGGCUGAACAUGUUGCCGCAGGAGGACGCCGAUGAAUUUAUAGGCGACUUCAAGGAUAUCAUAGUGAGGAGGGGUUUUGUCCGCAAGGUCUUUUGCCUUCUCACGUUGCAGCUAUUGUUUACCAUCCUUGUUAUAUCCAUCUUUAUGUUCGUGGAUGAAGCACAGAAAUUUAUGAUGGUGCACUGGUACCUGUGGAUUGUUGCCAUGGCGUUCUUCAUCGUCGCAUACUGUGCCGUAGCCUGUUCGGUACACGCCCGGCGAACACCUCCGUACAAUUACAUCUGCUUGUUCCUGUUGUUUGACUUGACAAUGAGACCAGGUAUGCUGAUGGUGAUCGGAUUGGUUUCGAUCGUAACUAUUUUCACAAUCCUAAUAAUCCUGCUGUUCACCCACAUAAUGGUUUUACGCCUGGUAAUCGCUAUCAUUGGAACACUCCUGCUGUGCUUGUAUUUGUAUUUCGAUGUGCAAACGAUCAUGGGUGGACGCAGGAUAGAAUUGAACCCCGACGAGGUCGUCUUCGCAACCACGCAGAUUUAUGUCGACAUCGUGCUGCUGUAUCAGUACUUGCUCAUGUUCAUGGGAUUCUUCCAUCGUUGAGGCUGAAGAGACAAACAUUAUAUGCAUACCGUAUAUUUUACAUUAUUGAUACAUGUAUACAUUUAUACAUUUGUACUUAUACAUUAUGUAUAUGUUAUAGUAUUUAUAUAAAUGUUAUAUAUAUA